UUCUCCUCACGCUUUAAUAUUUUAAAUUAAUUACCUUCCUAAUUCUAGUGACCUAACCAGGCUAUAUAAACCCAUCACUUCGAUCUCCUCGAUCUAAACUCAUUGCAAGUGUACUGAGCUUCAAACAUGGGUCACUCGUUACCUCUCCUUUCCCUGCUAUUCGUUGUAGCAGUAGCAACUACACAUGCAACUUCGCCGGCUCAAGUUUACUGGCGCUCUGUCCUGCCUAACACUCCCAUGCCAAGCGCCAUUAGCGACCUUCUAAGCUCUGAAACGGUGGCGGACGAGGAAGCGGCGGCCUCGGUCAACGUGGGGAAGGGAGUGGGCGUCCACGUGGACCCGGGGAACGGCAAGCCAACGACGAACGUCCACGUGAGCCCCGGCGGGACCGGGGUCCACGUGGGCCCGGGGAAGGUCAAGCCAGACACGAACGUCUACGCGGGCCCCGGCGGGGCCCACGUGAGCGUGGGCCCCGUCCCCUACGCGGGCCCCUUUUUGUACAACUACGCCGCCACCGAGACCCAGCUCCGCGACGACCCCAGCGUCGCGCUCUUCUUCCUGGAGAAGGACCUACGCCCGGGGAAGAAGAUGACGCUCCACUUCCCGGAAGUCGCUUCCGGCCCCGCUUUCCUCCCCCGGAAGGAAGCCGACGCGAUCCCGCUCUCCGUCGAGAAGCUUCCGGAAGUCCUCGGCAGGUUCGCGAUCCAGCCGGACUCCGUCGAGGCCCGGUGGAUGCGGAAGACUGCCCAAGAGUGCCAGGAGCCGGCGGCCGGCGGGGAGAAGAAGUUCUGCGCCACGUCGCUCGAGUCCAUGGUCGACUUCAGCACGUCGAGCCUCGGGACGCGCGACGUGCGGGCGGUGUCCACCACCGUCCCUAAGAAGGGUGCUCCGAAACAGGAGUACACUAUCGUGCCGUCCGGCGUCCGUAAACUGGCCGGGGACGAGCUGGUGGCGUGCCACGCAGAGACGUACGCGUACGCGGUCUUCUACUGCCAUUUGACGGGAACGACGAGGGCGUACACGGUGAAGAUGGUCGGGAAAGACGGUGCGGCGGUGGAUGCGGCGGCAGUUUGCCACGCCGACACGGCAGCGUGGAACCCGAAACACCUGGCGUUCCAGGUGCUCAAGGUGAAGCCCGGGACCGUGCCCAUUUGCCACUUCAUCCCACAAGACCAUGUUGUGUGGAGCCGCCGCACUUAGGAGAAUAUACGCGCAGGGUUGUGGAUUGAGAGUGAGAAAGUGAGAGAGAGAUGUGGUGUUAACUAGUAUAUUUUAUAGGUUCUAUGUACUGGUCUCUAUAUGUGGAUUGGGUUUACGUAAUAGAUGUUUAAUUGUUGUAUGAACGUGGUGUCUCGGUAUAUUUGGGUCUUUAUAUGUAUGAUGUUUAUGUGGUGAAGGUGUAGAAUAAAAAAGGCACUGCAGAGCUGUUUUCAUAUAUAGUUUUAUUUGGAAAA